AGAAGAAAUUGUUUUAUUGAAAUGAUACUUUAAUGGAGUGCAAUCAUACAUCUCCAUGGACACGGUCAAUCUUAUUCUAUAUUUCACAAACACACACUGUUGAAAAUAUCGACGGGUUUUACUUUGGUUGCUGAGGCCUAAAACAACAAUCAUUCUUUGCCCGGGCUUGGGAUCGGCUACGCAAGCAUAGGCGGAGUUAGUUCUCACACACAUAAAUAACAAAUUGCUACAUGAUUACCAGUAGCACUAGCUGAGUAGCAGUGAUUGAUGGAGGAGGAUUCGGGUUCCGGGCCUCUACUGAGGAACCAGAACUCUUUUAACUUGCUUACAACCACUUUCUUAUCCAACUUGCCCCAUAAGCUCCGUUCUUGCCUCGAUUCUGAGUCUCCCUUUGACUCCAACCUUCAUGUCUCUACUACCACCAACGGUUUAAGCCAAGGAGAGAAAGAAUACUAUGAAAGACAAUUUGCUACUCUAAAAUCAUUUGAGGAAGUUGACUCCAUAAUGACCUCGGACUCCAUUGAUGUAGAAGACAUUGAAAAACAGGCUCAACAUGAACGAGCAAUGAAGAUUUCUAAUUAUGCAAAUGCAGUUUUACUGGUAUUAAAGAUUUAUGUGAUGAUAAGGACUGGAUCGAUGGCUGUCGCGGCAUCGACAUUGGAUUCUCUGCUUGACUUCAUGGCUGGUGGCAUUCUUUGGUUCACUCACCUUGCAAUGAAGAACAUAAACAUGUAUAAAUACCCUAUUGGAAAGUUGAGGAUGCAGCCAGUGGGCAUAAUCGUCUUUGCAGCUGUCAUGGCAACACUUGGUUUUCAGGUAUUAACCACUGCUGUAGAACAACUAAUUGAAAAUAAUCCUUCAGAGAAGAUGUCUUAUGAUCAACUAGUAUGGUUGUACACUAUUAUGGUGUUUGCAACAGUGGUGAAGCUUGCACUCUGGUUUUAUUGCAGAAGCUCAGGAAACAAGAUUGUUCGCGCCUAUGCAGAUGAUCACCACUUUGAUGUUGUAACAAAUGUGGUUGGAUUAGUUGCGGCUGUUCUUGGCGAUAGAUUUUACUGGUGGAUUGACCCUGUUGGUGCUAUUUUACUUGCAAUUUAUACUAUCAAAAAUUGGUCUGCCACUGUUAUGGAAAAUGCAGUUUCACUAGUGGGACAAUCUGCACCUCCUGAAGUUCUGCAGAAGCUGACUUAUCUUGUCAUAAUGCACUCUCAAAUUAAGCGCAUUGAUACUGUCCGCGCUUACACAUUUGGUGUUCUGUAUUUUGUGGAGGUUGACAUUGAACUGGCAAAGAAUUUACCUUUAAGAGAAGCACAUAACAUUGGAGAGAGCAUACAGAUAAUGCUGGAGAAGCUUCCAGAAGUUGAGAGGGCAUUUGUUCAUCUGGACUUCGAAUGUGAUCACAAACCAGAGCACUCUGUUCUUACCAAACUGCCAGAUAGUCAACCUUAAGUACAAUUGAAGUCCAUUUAUAUAUUUAUGUGACACAUUAAAUUUGUCUAUAACUCAGCCUUCAUUUUAUGGUUUUUGUGGACCAAAAAGAAAAAGAAAAAAAACACUUCUAAUAUGGUUUGUUCAUAAAGAACAAAAGUUCAUGCAGUGUUAAAAGUUGUGUUCAUA